GAAAAACUUACGAAAAUGGCGGAUGGUAUGUUGAGAAAGUACAGCAUAUAUUUCCUGCAUUUUCAAGCUAUGGAUUCCAGAAAAUAUCAAGUGCCUGGAUUUGUUAUUGUUCACCUUGGAGCAGGGUAUCAUUCCAAACUCAAAAUGGCACAAUACAAAUCAUUGUGUAAACAAGCAUGCAGAGUUGCCUCUAGAUUGACAAAAGAGGGCCAUGCUGCUUCAUAUAUCACCAAUGAAGUUGUCAGCAUACUAGAACAGAGUGAUUUGACAAAUGCAGGGUUUGGCUCUAACUUAACAGAAAAUGGAUUGAUACAAUGUGAUGCAGGUUUAAUGGAGAGUAGCACCAGGAAUUUUGCUGCUGUUGCUUGUAUAGAGGGUGUGAGAAACCCGAUUAGAGUAGCAUAUGAGUUGCUUAUAGAUCAAAGUAAAAACCUAAAUGGAUUAGAGCCACCAAUGAUAUUGGCAGGGCAAGGGGCACAAAUAUAUGCAUUAGAAAAAGGCAUCCAAAUUUCAGAUAAUAAAGAGCUUGUGAGUAGAGACGCUUUUGAGACUUUCAAAAAAGCAAAAGCUGUCAUGAGAUCUCAUCAUUGUAACUCAAAUUGUAAAGAUUCAUCAGACACGAGCAAUUUAGAAACUAAACAGGAACAUUUUGGUUUAAAAAGAAAGUCUGUUUUUCCCAAUUCCAAUGAAGAUGGUAUCAGUUGCAAGGCACACAAAUUAAAGGAAGAUAGGAAAGAUGUAACUUUUAACUUAGAGGAUAGACUUGAUACAGUUGGUGCAAUUUGUGUUGACACAUAUGGAAAUGUUUGUACAGCUGCAUCAAGUGGAGGUCUUAUUCUUAAACGUUCUGGCAGAGUUGGUCAAGCAGCAUGUUUUGGUUGUGGGUGCUACACGUCUGACAGAGAAUCAAGACAAAGGCAUGUUGUCUAUGCAAGUAGUAUCUCAGGUUGCGGGGAGCACUUGAUCAAGACUACACUUGCCAAGAGCUUUGUGGAUGAAUGGCAUAAGUUAGAUAGUAGUUGCGGUGAUGACUUUGAUGAUUUAGAGAUGAUAAAUCAUUCAAAUUUACUUGAAAGUACUUUUCUAAACUCAAAGAUCUUAAAGGGAGUUGAUAACAAACUUGCUGGUUGUAUUGCCAUCAAAUUAACAAAGGACACCAAACCUUUUGAGGGAUUAGGCAAAGAUGGUUAUAAUUCAGUUAAAAGAGAUGUUUCAUAUCAAGUAAACAAUAAAUCAAGUAUGAGCCAGCCAGAAUCAUCUUUUACCCUUGAUCUUGUUGUCACAUCCACUGCACGGACUUUCUGUGUUGGAUUUAUGAGCAUAAAGGAACAGAAAUUUCAGUUUCUCUUACUGGAGAUGCCUGAUUUGGAGAAAGUAGGGAAGUCAAUUGUGUCACAAGUGUUUCACUACAAAUUGUGAAAGAGAAGUCUUCCAAUGGUUAAUGGUAUGAAAAGUCCAAGAAGCUAGGUUGAGAGGAAACUGGGAUCAAGAGGGUAGCAACUAUGAUAAAUGUAUCCCAUUACACAGCUGAUUCUUCUUUAUUCUCCUUAGACAAGUUGAUUAUCCUUGAGUCUAGAUGAACUUUAAAGACUAUGUUUUGUGUAAAUGUUUUGCUAGUUUAAUCUUUGUUAAGUUUCAAAGGUUGUAAAGUUUUGAUCGGUGUAAAUGUUCGGCUCUUAAUGCAGUGAUGUAGUGGUAAAUUCUUAAGAAGCAUAACACAAAAGUAAAAAAUCAAAAACAGCGCUAGAUUGGCGUUUUUCAGAAAAAUAUCACAUUUUGUGCUUUUUAAGACAUCUCUGCAUUGAACAUUUAACUAUUUGCGUUAUACUUAAUGCAUCUCAUUUAAGUGAUGUGUGCGAUGUUCUACAGGUCACCUUUUCGUCCCUUUUUAAGUCUUUCGCAUCCUCAUUAUUGAAAUUGGUAUCUUCACUGUCCACUUUUUUGUUUCCAUUUUGCUACACGGCUUGCCGAUUUGCCACUCCAUUUUUCUGAAUCUUCCAUAACGUUAAACCAUUUGGUUUGCUUUCGUUUUCAGAUAAUAGUAGAUGACAUGGGUAACCAUAUGCAUUUACUUCUUCUAAAAUUCUUCUCUCUAUUCUGACCAAUGAACAAUAUCCUUCUUACGGUACUGCACAAUCACGAACAAAAGGAUCCUCGAACUAUACAUGCCCAAUUUAUAUAAGCAAACGUCCGAAAUGCAAUUGCGAUAUCUUCAUGUGACUUUAAUCACUUUCAUACUCAUUCGAACCUUGGUUGAGACAAGUGUUGAACGCCUAACCAAAUUAUUUGCUAUAUUUUCCAAUGAAAAUAUUGGCUAUUUAUACUUAUAACUAAAAUAAUACCGAUGUUUAAGUGGCAUAACGCUACUGUUUGCUUGGGUAGGUAGUAUGACGCUGCAGCUCAAUUAUUUUAGGAUUCGUAACGGCGCUCUGCCGCGGCGUUCCCCCUCAUUCAUUUCAUUUCAUUUUAUUUCAUUUCAUUUCAAAUGUUUAAGGAGAGUAGCCCUUCAGCAAUGCUGAUUUUCAAGGGGCCCUCCACUUAAAAUAUUUACAGAAUUUAUUAUAAAAAACAAAUUAUCCUAAUUACAAUUCAAUAUUUACAAUCUAAAAUAAAUCCUAUUUUAACUUGAGUUUAAUUUUACUACAAAUAUCUAUAACGAAAGGCGAAAUGGUAAUUUCCAAUAUACAAUUUACAAUCACGCCUAUUUACAAUUUCGCAAGAUUUUAAUUUCCUCCAUUUUAUAAUGAAAAAUCUUGCCUGAUAAACUCGAGUUUUUUCUAGACAAAAUCUCAAAACUCAGGUAUUCCGAUCUAAGUAGAUAAACUCUAAUCUUGUGUUGAUAAAACCAUUUGAUAAAUAAGUAAGAAUUCAUGCUAGAAAUAUUAUUCUUUGAAGGUUGCUUCUUUUCUUCCACUUUGUAGUCUUUCACAACAAUUAUAUUUGUAUUUAACACCAGAGUUUUAUCUAGCUUUCAUUUAUUCCGACCCAAUUUCAUCAUUGUGGCUCCUUUCGUGUUUAUCUUAGAUCCUUGUUUUUUCAAGUUUUUUUUAGAAAUUCAUCACAAACAAGUGAUUUAAAAUCAAUUUACUGAAGUUUUGUUGCAUUUUCCUUACUUCCUUAGAGUCUAACCACAGAAAAGUGAGCAUUUGUGAUGCGGCGAGGGUUUACACAGUAAUAACAAUCGAAUUUAUAUUUCUUUUCUCCCUCUUCUUCAAUUUCCACAAAAACACACAAAACAUUUUUUCCACAAUAACGAACUGCAAAGCGAAUCCUAUCUCACUGAUGAGUCUUCUCUCCCUUAUUCACAAAAAACCAUUUUCUCUCUCUUACCGCAUUCCUUCCGUCUCUCCUCCGCAACAUUCUCGCACAUAAUUCCAAAUAAUUACUUAUAGAAAUAUAGACAAACUGACCUAAUCGCUAAAUUCAUGGUCAUAAUAAAACUGGAUACAGGUGUGGGAUUUUAGGCCAAGCGUUGUCUUUAACGAAUAAAAUAAUGUUCGCGUGUAUGAAUUCGAAGAAGGAGAAACACUGCCAUCGGUUGAAAUAAGAUGUUUAGACUUUGUGACACUGAUAUGUUUCAACAAAGUUUGCAGUGCGUCUUUUUCAAUUUCUAGGUAUAUCAAUUACCCCUGAUUCGAACGAGGAAAGUUUUCUAGGUUUUUUUAUAUUGAUUUCAUUGAACCUAGCAUUAUUUUUGCAAAAGUUUUCAUUUGAAUACAACAUAAACACUCGAAACUUUCAGAACACUCGAGCCCAAUGGUAUAUAUUUUUCUAAACGAGCGUUCAGCUCCAGUCCCUCGCCUCUGUGUGCCAAAUCAUGCGUCUUUGUUGUAACUACCACUAUGAAUAUUCUGUGGAUCCCCCUUUGCGUGUUUGUGAACGUGUUGAAUUGACAGGACAGGAGUAGCCCCUCUUUCGCGGGUUGCCCUUUACAACUCACAAAGCACGGUACCCAUUCAUGCGUUAAAAGCCUCAUAAAAAUUGGAGCCAAAUGGUUACGUUAUCGUGUUCUUUCGGCGCAUGUCAAUCUCUCAAGCGAAUCAAUGUUUGCGUGUUAUUCCAAAGUAAUUUGUAUAUCGUUAAAACGCGGCACGUGUCGCCCGGAACUACAAACAAUACCGCAUCGAGAUCUGCAAUUAGAAAAUCGAUCUAGCACGUGGCCUUUGUCAUCUUUUGGCUUAGGCCAACAAUUAAACUACAAUCAGCAACUGUAAGCUUUUGUUUUCUAUUGUCCGCCCGCCAGUCUCAGCAGGUGAACUUGUAUUGUUCAUUGGCGAGGUCAAUGUCUAUUUGAACUGGUGAAUAUUGCAUCUAUUUACUCAAAAUGUCCAAUAUUUGGCAACUUUUUUGUUUUAAUUUUUUUCUGCUGAGGGCAAUUUAUAUUAAUUUGCUUUCAGAAAUUUUAAUAUCAAGUUUAAGUAAUUUAUAUAGAUUACUCAAUUAAAAUCAAAAGUCUAUUUUCACACAUGUUUGAUUUGACAGUUUGUCUGUAACACGAAUUUGUCUCUUCGGAAAUUGUUUGAACGGGGUUUCUCUCUACGUUGCUCUCUCGAUGUCCACGCUGUGGUGUAGAAAAUUCAAGAAUUUGAUGAAGCUGGUGAUAUAAAAUUCGACUCAUUUUCAAUAAUUUUUUUUACAAGUAUAAGAGCAAGAUAUUUUUCUGUUAUUCGCAGAUUAAUGACCUUUCCACUGAUAAUUUUCGCCACUUUCUAUUGGUUCGUUUCGAUAUGUCUUCACCCCUGUACCUCAGGAUAGUGUUAAUUGGUUGCAAUUAAAAAAUGUUUUCUUUAACAUUUUGAAGUCACAAGCAAGGACAUAAGAAGCAUUUAUAACUUAGGAGGGUAAGACUUCUAGAAGUGCGCUUAAAAUGUUUACAGCGAUGCCGGAACCAGGGGGCAGAGGGGGUAGAAGGGUGGUAGCCAGAGAGGUAGUGCUAUGAGAAAAACAAGGGGGCUCUUGCGCAAAAUGUUGCAAAAAACAAUAGCAAAAGUAGACAUGGCUACUUUUCGGCAUCAACAAGAGGGGCUAGCACUACACCUCUGGUGGUAGCCUGUGCUCCUUUGCUCCCAACCUGAAGUAAAAGGUUCACAGGCUAGAAGGGUGGUAGAAAAUGCCGUUUUAGUCUUUGUGCCCUGGAAUCCUAGCGUACGGCGAGCAGCGAAUGCUCCAUGCCCAUCAUUCACAUAGGGCUCCUACAUUUCCAACAUUUCGCUUUAGAUAACGUGACAGUAUUACUUGACGAGGUUAUUUCUCAAAACAAGGCUAAAUUCUCUGCCUUUCACACGGCAACACGCCUCCCUCGUCUACCAUCUUCAUGCCUUCAGCGAAAGUCUGCCCCCUUGCCCUGCGUCCCUGAAUAAUCCGGCAUCCCUGCAUGUUCAACAAAAGUUUUGCCAAAAAGGGUACUGCAACAAUUUAAAAUCAACUUGAAAGGGGCAAUAACUCCUUCUGAAAGAUCAUUUUGCCCCUCGCUUCCGACAUCCUUGAUUGCAAGGUUGUGGUCUUGGCGUGGCUUUUGGUAUUGCCUAGAUGAACACAAGAAAUGAAAAUGAAACGAACAAGAAUGAUGAAAGUAUGACUCCUUUGUGUAGUCUGUGUUCUUGGUACUCAGCGGGAGUUACGAUAUGUCAUAUU